AUGGACACCGCCAUAGGCGCGGCGAGGUGGGUGCUGGAGAAGGCUCUGGCCCCUGUCACGGAUGGUUUGCUGGAGGCCUGGGCAGCUAGCGCGGAUCUCGAUGGCAACAUCGACGCCCUCAAGAUGGAGCUGUUGUAUGCGCAUGGGAUGCUCGAGAAUGCCCAGGGCAGGGGCAUCCGUGGCCUCGCGCUCAAGGAGCUCCUGCGCAAGCUGGAGCAGCUCGCAUACCGGGCUGAUGAUGUGCUGGAUGAGAUGGAGUACUUCCGCAUCCAGGACGCCCUUAAAGGAACUUACCAUGCCACUGACAUGAUCGCUGUGGGUUCCGUUCAGGGCCUCCGCAUCAAUGUUGAACACACGGCGAGGCAUGUCACCAGCAAGCUCAACUGCCUUCCGUGCUUGGGUGCUGCUAGCCGUGAUGGUGACCAAGAAAAUGACCCUGGUGAUCUCCAAGAAAAUUAUUCUGGUGAUCACCAAGAAAAUGUUGGCAAGCAAGGAUGCUUGUAUGGCAGGCGGGGCGUCAGCUCCAAGCAAGGCUGUGUCAAGAAGGUUGGUGGCAGAUGCAUGCCCAAGGUCAUCUCAAGUGCUCGCAACGCUGCCCACACUUUCGGUAAACACUUUCCAUGCUACUCUCCUAUAUCUGUCCACCAUGAUAAUCCUCAAGCCCCUGUGACUGUUCAAAUAGAAAAUGAUAAUCCUCAAGCUAUCAUGCCAGAGGUUGCAAACCAUAGCGAUUGCGAAGAAUUGAAGUUUAAUAGGGUGCAAAUGUCUAAAACGAUGAUGGACAUGGUAGUUCAGCUGAAGGAAGUAUGUGCUAAGGUCUCCAUAAUUCUUAAUCUAGAUUUGUUAGGCUCUAGCCGCACUCGCAUCCAAGAAAUUGCUAUAAACAGAUCCAAAACCACAUUAGAGAUUGUAGAACCUGAGUUUUACGGGAGGGAUGACCAAAAAACGAAAAUUGUAGAUGUUAUUAAUAGUCAUGAGUACUCUUUGAGUCAACUUAACGUGCUUCCAAUUUUUGGAACGGGGGGUAUUGGAAAAACAACUUUUACGCAACACAUAUGCCAAGAAGUCAAUAGCUCUUUCCAGGCUUCAAUUUGGAUAUGUGUCUCUCUCGAUUUUAGUGCAGAUAGGUUGGCAAAAGAGAUAGUCAACAAAAUCGAUAGAGUUGAUGGUGAAAAGGAUAACGCUAGUGCUGAAGAACUUAUUCAACAAAGACUAAAAGGCAAGAGGUUUUUACUUGUCUUGGAUGAUGUGUGGACAUACCGAGAGGAUGAGUGGAAAAAACUAUUAGCACCUUUCAAAAAGGUUGAAUCCAAGGGUAAUUUCAUUAUAGUCACAACUCGAAUACCAAUGGUAGCAGAAAUGGUUAGGACAACCAAUUGCGAACUAGAGCUGGACAGGCUAGAUGAUGCAGAUACCAUGUGUUUCUUCGAAGCAUGUGUAUUUGGUAACGAGCUAGAACCAUGGGGAGAACAUCCUGCUGCAUUACUUGAAACUGGUCACGAAAUAGUGCGCCGUUUGAAAGGUUCCCCUCUUGCAACUAAAACUGUAGGUAGAUUACUACGAAACCUACUUACUUUGGACUAUUGGAAAAGAGUUCUAGAAAGCAAAGAAUGGGAACUAGAAACCAGUGAGAGUGACAUCAUGCCAGCCCUCAAACUUAGCUAUGAUUUUCUCCCUUUCCAUUUAAAACAGUUGUUUGUAUAUUGUGCUUUAUUUCCUGAAGAUUAUGAAUUUGAUAGCAAGGAGUUAGUUCAAUUGUGGGUUGGACUUGGUAUUUUGCGUCCAUGUGACCAGAAUAGAAGGACCGAAGAUGUUGGACUAGACCAUUUGCAUGAGUUGGUCAAUUACGGUUUUUUCAGAAAAGACAAAAAAGAAGAUGGUCGUUAUUUUUAUGUUAUUCAUGAUCUAUUGCACGAAUUGGCCACCAAGGUAUCGUCAGAUGAAUGUGUUAGCAUAUGUAGUUCUAAUGUCAGGUCCAUACACAUCUCCCCAUCUGUACGUCAUUUAUCCAUAAUUGUAGAUGACAAAGAUGUUGAUGAUAGAAUGACUUUCGGCGACUAUAAAGAUGAUUUGCGUGCAUUAGGUAAAAGAUUAAAAGUUGAAAACCUACGUACUCUGAUGUUGUUUAUACGAUAUCAUGGUAGCUUCGCCAAGAUCUUUCGUGAUCUGUUUAAAAAAGCCAAAGCCCUUCGCACUAUUUUUCUAUCUGGAGCAUCAUACUCUAUGGAGGACAUUCUGCAUAAUUUUUCAGAAAACAUCCAUCUUCGUUACCUAAGGAUCGAGCCAUCAGAUAACGCAGGCAACAUCGACUUGCCUAGUAUGCUAUUCCAAUUUUAUCAUCUAGAGAUAAUAAAUCUUGAAAAAUGGAAAGACGCUGUUUCAAUUAGACAUAUCACCAACCUUAUAAAGCUGCGUCAUUUCCUAGUGCCAAAAGGAGAUCCUGAGGGUCAUUCUGACAUAUCUGAGGUGGGAAAACUUAAAUUGCUUUCAGAAUUAAGAAGGUUUGAGGUUGGUAAAGAAAAUACUGGUUUCGAACUAAGUCAGCUAGCGCAAUUAACAGAGCUUGGAGGGUCGCUUAGUAUUUAUAAUCUUGAAAAGGUGCAAGAGAAGGGGGCACGGGGAAAGGAACUAAUUAUAAAACCAAUACAUAGGAACCACUUGCGUGAACUAACAUUAGAGUGGGAUAUGGAAAGAUCUACCAGGGAGCCAAGAAGAGAAGAAAAUGUUCUGGAAAACCUUGCACCACAUAGUGACCUUCGAGAUCUGUGCAUUAGAGGGCACGGAGGUACUAGUUGCCCAACAUGGCUAGGUAAGAACCUCUUGGUCAAAAAUUUGGAAUCUCUUCACUUGGCUGAUGUAUCUUGGAAAACUUUCCCACCAUUAGGAGAGUUCUGGUCGGUCCAUGAGCCCCAUGGUGAGUGCAAGGGUUGCAUUGCAAGCCCAGGCUAUCAAAACUAUUGUCUCAAAAAACAAGGCUUUCAAAAUUUAAAAAAGCUAGUGUUUAUUAAGAUACCAAAACUGACAAACUGGGCUGCAAAUCAAACUUGUGGUUUUUUCUUCCACCUGGAAGUGCUCAUUAUUGAAGACUGCCAUGAACUUGUGGAGUUGCCAUUUUCAUGUUGUACUUGCUCCCAACCAGAGCAAGAAGUAGCGAACAUGACUUGGUUCUCUAGACUACGGGAGCUCAAGAUUGUAAGAUUCCCAAACCUAAGGACAAUACCUCCUAUCCCUUGGACCCGUACUCUAUGCUCCAUUGAGAUAGCACAAACAGGCUCAAAUUUUAAGAAGCUCACUUACUCGGAAAGAUGGUACGGAAGACCAGGAUUAAGGUUGGAAAUUUGGGCGGCGGAUGGUGCAGAUGGCUUGUUUUGGAAUGAGUUUGCUUUCGGUAAUUUGCGUGAUCUAAAAGAGUUGACUAUAACUAAUUGCCCUCCUUUGCCCUUGGGUAUCGUACAAAUGCUAACAUCUCUGCAGUCCCUCACUAUAAGUGGUUAUUCGAGUAUUGUCCUAUCACCAAUCGGAGGCGAGAGCCAUGUCCUGUACCAGAUUCCAGUUGAAGAACUCUGCAUUUCUGAAAGUGGUGGUGGCGGGAAAGAAUUGACUCAACUGCUCUCUCAGUUCCCGAAGCUCACCGGCCUGCAAAUAGAAAGGUGUGAAAAGAUGACAGAACUUGGUGUGUCGGAGUGGCAGAGUGGAAAACACCAGCAAGAGACAAAAGACGAGGAGGAAAUAGUGGCGAUGGCAGAAGGAGGACUGCUGCUCUUGCCUACCCAACUACAGGAGUUGAAGCUCCGAAGUUGCGCUCAGCUGAGAAUACUCCCCAGUUCAUGUUCAGGGGGCGACAACAAGGAAGCAGCAGCAGGAGGUCUCCAGCGUCUACGCUCCCUCCGCCAAUUGCGUGUAGAGAAUUGCCCCAAUUUGCUUUCCUCAUAUUCGGACUCCUCGUCUUGUUUCCCUUUCCCGAGCUCUCUGGAAGAACUCACUCUAUUCGGCCUGGAAGAACUCACAAACCUAAGAGUUAGCCGUUCCUCAAUACUACAUACCCUAUCCAUAGAGGACUCCUCCGGAGUUCUGUCGGUGUCCAUCUGCAGCCUCCUCUCUUCCUCCCUCACCACAUUGACCUUUCUUGGUAGCAAAGAGGUGGAGCCCAUACCAGAAGAGGCCCUCCGGCUUCUCACCUCCCUCCAAGAUCUCACAUUUCUUUGUUGCGACAAAUUGCAGAUCCUCCCGGCAGGUCUAAAGAGACUUGCCAGCAUCAAGAACUUACGUUUCUUUUCAUGCAACUCUCUCCAUUCGCUUCCCAUGGACGGCCUCCCGAGUUCUUUGCACAGCUUAUUAUUCUACGGAUGUUCCAUGAAAUCAUUGCCCAAGGACAGCCUCCCGAGUUCUCUGCAGGAAUUAGAGAUCUCAGGUUGUUCUGAACUCGAAUUACUUCCCACUUUUUCGGACGGCCACCCGAGUUCUCUACAGGAAUUAAAGAUAUGGAAUUGUCCUGCCAUCAAAUCGGUGCCCAAGGACGCCCUCCCGAAUUCUCUUCAGGAAUUAGAGAUCAGUUACUGUCCUGACAUCAAAUCGCUUCCAGAGGACGGGCUCCCUGAA